AUGAUGAGGAGGGCAAAGGUGGGUAGGUAGCGAAGAGACGAAGAUCAUGCCAUAGUCAGGCCUACUCAUUUUAUACAUGAAGAAUGUGAAUGAGGCAUUAUUGCAGAUUCAGACCAUAUAGUGACCCAUCAGAUACAUUUUUCCGGAAUAUCUAAUAAAUAUCCCCUCAUGUACAUCUUGUUUUCACCUUGUACUAUGACCAGCACCGCUAUGCUAUUGCCACAAGAAAGCCCCCUCAUGUAUUAAUGCUUUAUUUUUGGGGAGGAUUUUAAGGCUACAUAUAAAUGUGUUCUGUGUAUGUGUGUGUCUAUAUGGCUGUGCUGACCGUAUGAGCCCUGGGCUCUCACAGAUCCAUCUGAACAUGAUGCUGCAGGUCUCUUCUCUCCAGCUCCGAGAAGGGUUGGUGUCUCUGAGGGUGCAGGCACUGGGCUCCCCUCACACUCACAGCACUGGGCUCUUUCUACCUGGGCUCUUUCUAAUGUCUCAACAGAGAUACAUUGAUUUUCUAUACAUCCAAUGCCCAUAAUCUAUGCGUAUUAUAUCCCGUAUUAUUACCAGAGUAAAGAUUGUCUUGGGGCCCAACCACCUGGCACCAUAGAUCUAACCCACCUCUGUGCAUCUCCAAUACAAUGUCUCUCAACUGUUCCUCUAGACUGUGAAUGACCACCAGGUCUCCGCCCUGUUGAACACAGUCGACCCGACCGCUGCUCCAGCUCCUCCUCUAAGUGGAGAAGAAGUAACACCUGGAGGAGAAAAUCUUCCAGCCCUUAAGACAAGGUUUGCAGACUCUCUCUGUGUGAGGCGAUGAUGUACACAAACACGCGCACACACGCACACACACCCAUAAGAACACAUUCAUGCACAUUGCACACACACAUGCACAAACAUACAGAAACUCACGUACACACUAAUAACAUAUGCAUGCACAUUGCACACACACACAAACACACACAGUACAUAGUACAUAGAUAUAGAAGGAGGACAGAUAAAUCAAGAGACUGCUGACACUGGGUGAUCUGGUCUCUGAGUGGACAGUGUCGGUCCACAGGCAGGAAGUUGACCAGCUCUGUAAGCAUCUUCUGAAGGGAAUCCCUAUCCCUCACUGUGACAACAAAGUCCCUGUUCAAAAUGGCCUCAGUUUCAGAGAGACUUAUGAGAUAUAACUGAAGUUUGUUUUUAAACUCUGUGACCCUCACAUGCUCUCUCCUCAACUACGCAGCAUCAUCUGGAUAUGUGUGCAACAAAAGUUCAACAUUUACCUUCUGCUACCAUUUCUGUCAAGCCGUCUAGGUAUAAAAUUUGACGCAUGCGUUCGAUAAAUCCAAUGUAUGCACCACACAGAACGCACUGCAACUGCCUCUGCAACGCAAUGCUGCAAGGCAAACGAAGCGUUCCAUUGGAACUGAAUGUACUUCUGGUGUACCAAAAUGCAAUGACGCUGUCGGUGUGAUCGAGGCGUUAAGCUGCACUGAUGUUCAGGUGUUGUCUCUGUGACCGUUCCCUGGCUAAUGUGAGCUCUUUUACCUCUCUCUGUAGUUGGAGUUUUAGAUGCCGUCAGGUCUAUAUAGUUUUUUUUGCAAUUGGUUGUUGGAUGUCAGUAGGCCUUCAUACUCUCUUUCUAAUUGGUUAUGAGAAGCAGCAAGGUCUCUGUGUUGCCUCUCUGACUGGUCCUUGGAUGCGACACGUUACAUGUAGCUGUUCAUUUUCUGUAGCUCAGCUUGAGUUGAAGUCAAAGCAUCAUUUUGGCUCCAGAGCUGGUUCUUGGCUGUGAGGACAGUGUCGUCGUUGUCCCUCAGAAGCUGAAAUUCUGCCUUCAGUAAGGUGCAACUGAGAGAAGCUGUGUAAUCUGGUGAGAUGGACACAAAGUGUGAGUGUUAACAAUUAGUGUAUAGUAGAUUGUCUUAGUAUAUGCUGCCUUUAAGGUUAUAGUGUGGCCCAGAGUCAUGUAUUUAGACAUUCUAAAUACAUGGCUCUGGAGUGGCCUAGGCCCAUAAGGAUGUGAUGAAGAAUAUGCCUAUUGUGUCCUCCUGUAAUUGUAGACCUGAGAUGGUUAGGAUUGAUAAAAGCAGUAUCCAGGGGAAACACUGACCUAUUCCAAUAAGAAGCAUUAUACAGCUCAUUAAUUGAAAAUACAAGGUAGACUAGCUUUUUAAGAGCGUUAGGUCAGUAACCAAGGGGUUGCUGGUUCGAAUCCUCGAGCCGGCAAGGUGGAAAAAUCUGCCGUUCUGCCCUUGAGCAAGGCAAUAAACCCUUUUUGGACGAAAAAAAAGGACAACAAUUUGAAGCACCGAAGUCGCAUUCCGUUCCAGUAGCUGGCGAUAGUGCAAAAUGGUUUGCCGCCGUGCUCAAAGGAACGCCCUCCUUUGACUGACUGUGUUCUAUGUUUACCGCAUACAGUGUUUACGUUAUGUUGUUGCAAAUGUACCUGUGAUUCUCCGCUAGCAAGCUACCCAAGUUUUCUCCUGUAAAAAUGUCAAAAAUAGAGUUAUUGAGAGUGUUUCUCAACCAGAGAUUGAUAAUGGCAGCUGAGGAGAUAUUUGGCGUCGUCGAAGAAACGAUAGCAGAGUACCAGGAAGAGAACAGCCGUCUACGUAGCAUGCUGGAUAUCGUUAUUAAACCAGAUAUACUAUUACAUAGAAUAGGUGUGUGGCUGAGGCAGCUAGCUGUUAUCUUUUAAACCUUCUUUGCAUAUGUCAAGUGAUCAAUGUCAAUGUUAGUAUCUAGCUAAAUACCUAGCUACCUAUCUAACUAGAAUACUAUUCGUGUCAACAUUUUAGAUGUUUUAUUUCAUUCUCUCUCCUUCCCUCCAGACAUCCAACAGCCCACUAUCCCUGUAUCUGAAAAGAAGGCUCUCCCUGAGCAGCAGCACUGUGAGCAGGAGUGGAGCCCCAGUCUGGGGCAGGAAGACCCACAUUACAUACAGAUAAAAGAGGAACCGGAGGAACUAGAGUCAUCUUUGAAAAAUGACUACCACCACCAGGACCUGACUCAGUCCUCACUUCUUUAUGAAACCCAAAGUGAAGUCUAUGAAGGGACAUACUAUCUUCCCAGCACCUCAACUGCACAGAGCAACUACUCUCUACACAGCACCUCAACUGAACAGAACAUGAUACAGCUCAAACCUGAACCUGAUGCAGAAGACAAUGGAGUAUCAGAACCAUCCAGUGAGUGUCAGCCCCUCUUUGAAGCAAAUACAGAGUCUUCUGCAGCUCAGAGUGAAAACAUGAAAUGUGUCAUUGGGGUAGAGAGUAGACCUCUGUCGGGGUCAAAGCCACUUAAAUCAAAGAGAUCACCAUCAAAGAGAUCACAGACAGUAAGAAAACAAAGUGCCUAUAUCCGCUGUAAAUUUUGUGGAAUGUAUUUCUCCUACUUAGCUUCUUUAGUGAAUCAUGCAAGAAAGCAUGCACAGGACAAAGAAUGUCUAUGUGGUGUGUGUGGAAUACACUUAGAGUCCACAGAAAGUAUGUUAGGUCAUCUAGAAACCCAUGUUGGAGCUAGAGUUUGUCAUGUUUGUGGUACAUUUUUCCCUGGGAGUGCUGAGCUGAAUGAUCAUAUGAAGGUUCACCCAGGGGAGAAAUCAUUUCGCUGUCCUGAUUGUGGCAAGUGUUUCAGAAAAAAUCCAGAUCUCACAGCGCACAAGAGGAUUCAUACAGGGGAGAGACCAUACCGCUGCCAGUUUUGUGGCAAAGGAUUCAGUCAGAGUGGAAACCUAGCUGUGCAUAUGAAGAGCCACUCUGGGGAGAAACCACAUCGCUGCCCUGUUUGUGGGAAAUGUUUCAGCAGUAAAUCUUAUAUGAACACACACAUGAAGAUUCACACAGGGGAGAGGCCAUUUUGCUGUCGUGUUUGUGGAAAAUGUUUCAUAAGAAACCCUGAUCUGACAGUCCACAUGAGGACUCAUACAGGGGUGAAACCAUAUAAGUGCCAGUUUUGUGGCCAAGGCUUCAAGCAGAAUUAUCACCGGAAACUGCACAUGAAGAACCACAUGGGAAAAACUAUAUCAUUGCCAUCUUUGUGACAUGUAUUUCAUCACUAGCACCCAGUCAACCUGGCAUGAGAUUUCACAUGGUAGAGAAAUACACCACUGCCAUGACUGACAGAGGCUUUGCAUAGACUGGAAGUUUGGCAAGGCAUAAUGACAAUGCACAAAAUACUUUAGUGUAGAAAAUACUGACAGUAGACCUUGUUUGUGAUACAUGUUUCACUUAGCCGCUUUAUUGAGGAAAGUUUUUGAUAUGUGGUUGUUUUACCUGUUUUGAAUGCACUGACUGUAAGUCGCUCUGCAAGAAGUCCAAUUGACACAGGAGAGAAACUAUAUAAUUGUGUUAUUUAAAAAAAAAAACAUACAUAAGGCAAUGAUUUCUGCUAAAUGCUUAAAAUGGAUGAACUCCCCUAGAAGGUACGAGAAGAAAAUUCACAUUAGGGAGAAAACAUAAUGACAACCCGACAAAAAACCUCAUGACAACAUGGCAGUCAUCCUCUGUGUUGGGAGAGUCUUUCAGAUAAUACAAGAGGUACAUUAAAACAUCUCAUUCCCUAAAUCUACUGUCAUUCUUUAUUUAUAUAAAAUAUAUCCCUACUCUUUCUUGAAUUAAUUGCAGACAUGAGAAUGUUGGAUUGGUGAUAGCAGUAGUGUGUAUUAUAUUUUUUGCGUACUUUAGUGAUCUAGGGAGGCAAUGAUUGAUCUAAACUUCAGAUUUGCCCCAGUAGUGCUGUAGCAGCGCCACCAGCUCUGCAGUCUACUACAUGUAGGUCUAUGUGCUGGGCAAGAAUAGAAAUGCACACACACUGGAGGACCUCCAAGAAUAGAUUGGAAAAUACCUAUUCAAUCUGAUCAAUGAUUAUGAGUAGGAUGAAGGACAAGAGAUUAAUUCAUUUUGCCCAGUAAUCGGUGUCCUCAAAAGCAGCACCGACUCUGGCGCCACCUGCAGGAUCGCCACGACCUGCGCCUUCCGCUCCAGCAGGGGGCGACAGUGCAAUAUGUAUUAUGCCGUGCACGCAAAGACUGACAGCUCUCUUUCUCUUAUUGACUUUGUUUACGUUGGAAGCUAGCUGGCUAACUUAGCUAGCCAAACAGCUUUCCUUCAACAACAAAAAAAUGUCUAAAAUAGAGUUCUUGAGAGUGUUUCUCAACCAGAAAUUGAUAGCGGCAGCUGAGGAGAUAUUUGGUGUCGUUGAAGAAACGAUAGCAGAGUACCAGGAAGAGGUUUCUCGCACAAAGGAGGAGAACAGGCAUCUACGGAGCAUGCUGGAUGUCCGGACUAAGACAGAUAUCAAGUUACAUAGUCAAGCAGGUGUGUGUUUGUUUUUUCAACAUUAAUUUAAUAUGAGACAUGUUAAGCUAUCAAUAUGUAUUUACUUUUUGAGAGUGUAUCUAGCUAGUUACAAAACCAAUGUCUGUAAGAAGAUGAUUCUUGUAAACCUCGCUAACUACGUCAAGUCAGCUCAUUAGUUUUCUAUUUCAUCCCUCUCUCCUCCCCAGACCUCCAGCAGCUCACUGUCACCGUGUCUGAUGAGGUGAUUUCCCCUGAGCAGCAGGAGUGGAGCCCCAGUCUGGGGCAGAAGGACCCAGAACCCACACAGAUGAAAGAUGAACAGGAGGAACCAAGGACCAGUCAGGAGGAUGAGAAUCAUGUCAAUGAGUUUAUCAAUUGUUACGGCUGUGUAUCAAGUGGCUAUUAUCAAGACCCAACUCAGUCCUCACAUGGAGAGAGAUACUCUCUACCCAGCACCUCAACUGAACAGAUCAAAACAGAACCUUAUGUAGAAGACUAUGGCGUAUCAGAACCAACCAGAGAGUCUCAGUCCUUCUCUGCAGUAGAUACAGAGUGUUCUGCAGCUCAGAGUGAAAACAGAGGACAUAUUGACAGGAUGGAGAGUGGAGGACCUCUGUCAGGUCUAACAUUAAAGCCACUCAAAUCAAAGAGAACAAAGACGGUAGAAGGACAAAGUUCUCACAUCAGUGUUAAGGACAGGAAAUUGAACCAUCUAAAAUCACACUCGAGACCCAGUGUAAGCUGGGAUGCUGCUCCUAGUUGUAAGGUAUGUGGAAAGCAAUUUGACUCCAUGGCUUCUUUAUUAAAUCAUGUGCAAACGCACGCACAGGAUAAAGAACAUCUUUGUGGUGUGUGUGGAAAAUUCUGUCAGUCCACAGAAAGUAUGAUAGAUCACCUACAAACUCACAUCGGAGCAAAGUGUUGUCAUGUUUGUGGUAAAUAUUUUGCUUGGGAUGCUUUUCUGAAAAGGCAUUUGAGGAGUCACACAGGGGAGAAGCCGUUUCGCUGUCAUGAUUGUGGCAAAGGAUUUACUCAGCGCGGACACCUAAACUUACAUAUGAGAAGCCACACAGGGGAGAAACCACAUCAAUGCCAGGAUUGUGGCAAAGGAUUCAGUCAGAGUGGAAACCUGGCAGUGCAUAUGAAGAGCCACUCUGGGGAGAAACCACAUCACUGCCCUGUUUGUGGCAAAUGUUUCAUAAGAAACCCUGAUCUGACAGUGCACAUGAGGACUCAUACAGGGGUGAAACCAUAUAAGUGCCAGUUUUGUGGCCAAGGAUUCAAGCAGAAUUAUCACCUGAAACUGCACAUGAAGAUCCACAUGGAAAAAAACAUAUCAUUGCCAUCUUUGUGACAUGUAUUUCAUCACUAGCACCCAGUCAACCUGGCAUGAGAUUUCACAUGGUAGAGAAAGGCAUCACUGCCAUGACUGACAGAGGCUUUGCAUAGACUGGAAGUUUGGCAAGGCAUAAUGACAAUGCACAAAAUACUUUAGUGUAGAAAAUACUGACAGUAGACCUUGUUUGUGAUACAUGUUUCACUCAGCAGCUUUAUUGAGGAACGUUUUUACUCGCAGUGACUGUUCAUAUGUGGUAGUUUUACCUGUUUUGAAUGUACAGUCGUGGUCAAAAGUUUUGAGAAUGACACAUGUAUUGGUCUUCACAAAGUUUGCUGCUUCAGUGUUUUUAGAUAUUUUUGUCAGAUGUUACUAUGGUAUACUGAAGUAUAAUUACAAGCAUUCCAUAAGUGUCAAAGGCUUUUAUUGACAAUUACAUUAAGUUUAUGCAAAGAGACAAUAUUUGCAGUGUUGACCCUUCUUUUUCAAGACCUCUGCAAUCCUGGCAUGCUGUCAAUUAAGAUCUGGGCCACAUCCUGACUGAUGGCAGCCCAUUCUUGCAUAAUCAAUGCUUGGAGUUUGUCAGAAUUUGUGGGUUUUUGUUUGUCCACCGCCUCUUGAGGAUUGACCACAAGUUCUCAAUGGGAUUAAGGUCUGUGGAGUUUCCUGGCCAUGGACCCAACAUUUCGAUGUUUUGUUCCCUGAGCCACUUAGUUAUCACUUUUGCCUUAUGGCAAGGUGCUCCAUCAUGCUGGAAAAGGCAUUGUUCGUCACCAAACUGUUCUUGGAUGGUUGGGAGUAAGUCGCUCUGGGUAAGAGUGUCAACUAAAUUACCUAAAUGCAAAAACAGUACUCCAACAGUCCAAUUGACACAGAAGAGAAACCAUAUACUUGUGUUAUUAAAAAAAAACAUACAUAAUGCAAUGAUUGCUGCUAAAUGCUUCAAAUGGAUGAACUCCCCUAGAAGGUACGAGAAGAAAAUUCACAUUAGGGAGAAAACAUAAUGACAACAUGGCGGUUGUCCCCUGUGUUGGGAGAGUUUUUCAGACAAUACAAGAGGUGCAUUACAACAUGUAAUUUCCUGAAUUUUUUAUUCCUAUGAAAUACAUCACUCCUCUCCCCUUCCUUUAAUUAAUUGCAGACAUGAGAAUGUUGGAUUGGUGACAGUAGUAGUGUGUAUUAUAUUUUUUGCGUACUUUAGUGAUUUAGGGAGGCAACGAUUGAUCUAAACUUCAGAUUUGCACCAGUAAUGCUGUAGCAGCACCACCAGCUCUGCAGUCUACUACAUGUAGGUCGAUGCUGGGCUAGAAUAAAAAUGGACACACACUGGAGGACCUCCAAGAAUAGAUUGGGAAAUACUUAUUCAAUCUGAUCAAUGAUUAGUAGGAAAAAGGACGAGAGAUUAAUUAAUUUUGCCCAGUAAUCGUUGUCCUCUUCUCAAAAGUCACUGACCACCUUCCGGAGACACUUGAAACCCUACCUAUUUAAGGAAUACCUGGAAUAGUAUAAAAGUAAUCCUUCUACCCCCCCCCCCCCCCCCCCCCCCCCAUAAAAAAAAAAGUGGUUGUCCCACUGGCUAUCAUAAGUUGAAUGCACCAAUUUGUAAGUCGCUCUGUAUAAGAGCGUCUGCUAAAUGACGUAAAAGCAGAACAGACUCUGGUGCAUACUGCAGGGGCGCCACGACCUGCGUCUUCCGCUCCAGCAGGGGGCGACAGUGCAAAAUGUAUUAUGCCGUGCAUGCACAAAGACUAUAUAAUGACGAGAUGCUCAUGUCUCCGCCAUCAAAAUGGGAAUGCAGGCGACAAGCUUUGGUCAAACAUAAGCCAAUAGAAACGCAUUGGGCUUAUUUUGGACAGAUUUAGGCGAGAGUGAAACCUCUCGCUUAGCCUCAGCGCUCUUUAUAUUUUCGACUUUUGUUUACGUUGGUAGCUAUCUAGCAAACGUUCCUUCUCUAAAAAUGUCUAAAAUAGAGUUAUUGAGAAUGUUUCUAAACCAGAGAUUGAUAGCGGCAGCUGAGGAGAUAUUUGGUGUCGUUGAAGAAACGAUAGCAGAAUACCAGGAAGAGGUUUCUCGCACAAAGGAGGAGAACAGCCGUCUACGGAUCACGCUGGAUAUCCGUACUAAGCCAGAGAUCAAGUUACAUAGACGAGAAGGUGUUUGUAUUUUCAACAUUCAUUUAAUAUGAGACACGAUAAGCUAUCAAUGUAAUAAAACAUGUUGAAAGUGUAGAUAGUUCCAAUGUCUGUAAGAUGAUUACUCAAUCUUAAACCCAUCUAACAAUUCUAGGGAUAUAACUUUUUUUUAAAUGUUACCCGUAAUCGUUCCCGAAUGUUUGAGUGUCCAGUUUUUCGUUAGUUAUGGAAACAUUCUAUCUAUGUUAGCAAAAACCUUCUGAGAACACGUUUAGCAUGUUUUGGUGUUAAAGUUAGGAGAAUAUUCCCUUAAUGUCAUACAGAUCUUAUCAAGAACGUGGUUACAAUGUUCUCAGAAUAUACAAUAUUAAUAUUCUAGACACGUUUCAUGGGAAGUUGCAAGUUCAUGUGUCUGGUUUUCUGAGGGUCUGGAGAAUAUUCCAGCGACGUCCCAUAAAAUAUACACAGGACAUGUUCUAGUCACGUUUCAUGGGAACAUUUAUGUGUAUCAGUACAUCGCCUGAUUUGUCCGAAAUAAACUUCCUCCCCCAACAAAUCAUUACACAUCACACCUUGUUACUGUUGCCAAGCCCAUCAAGGCCCUGAUUGGUAAUCCAUUCACAGCUCUUUUUGUCUGUUGGCAAGGUUAGGGAUACUCACACACAGUGCUUUUAACUUCCAUAUUUGACAUACAUGAUUACAUUGUGCAUGUUGAUUUAUACAGUAAUUAUUAUGCAAUAUGUCCUACAUUUACAUUUACGUCAUUUAGCAGACGCUCUUAUCCAGAGCGACUUACAAAUAGGUGCAUUCACCUUAUAGUCAGUGGGAUAAACACUUUACAAUGGUUUUUUUUUUUUUUUAGGGGGGGGGGGGGGGGGGGGUAGAAGGAUUACUUUAUCCUAUCCCAGGUAUUCCUUAAAGAGGUGGGGUUUCAAAUGUGUCCGGAAGGUGGUGAGUGACUCCGCUGUCCUGGCGUCGUGAGGGAGCUUGUUCCACCAUUGGGGUGCCAGAGCAGCGAACAGUUGGGAGGAGAAUGUGGCAAAGAGCUUCCUAGGGUUAGAGGCGGAUGCUUGGAAUUUAGAGUGGUAGAAAGUGGCCUUAGCAGCAGAAACAGAUGAAGAAAAUGUAGAGAGGAGGGAGUGAAAAGAUGCCAGGUCUGCAGGGAGUCUAGUUUUCUUCCAUUUCCGCUCAGCUGCCCGGAGCUCUGUUCUGUGAGCUCGCAAUGAGUCAUCAAGCCACGGAGCUGGAGGGGAGGACCGGGCCGGCCGGGAGGAUAGGGGACAUAGAGAGUCAAAGGAUGCAGAAAGGGAGGAGAGGAGGGUUGAGGAGGCAGAAUCAGGAGAUUGGAGGGAGAAGGAUUGAGCAGAGGGAAGAGAUGAUAGGAUGGAAGAGGAGAGAGUAGCGGGAGAGAGAGAGCAAAGGUUGCGACGGCGCAUUACCAUCUGUGUAGGGGCAGAGUGAGUAGUGUUGGAGGAGAGGGAGAGAGAAAAGGAUACAAAGUAGUGGUCGGAGACUUGGAGGGGAGUUGCAGUGAGAUUAGUAGAAGAACAGCAUCUAGUAAAGAUGAGGUCAAGCGUAUUGCCUGCCUUGUGAGUAGGGGGGGACGGUGAGAGGGUGAGGUCAAAGGAGGAGAGGAGUGGAAAGAAGGAGGCAGAGAGAACUGAGUCAAAUGUAGACGUAGGGAGGUUGAAAUCCCCCAGAACUGUGAGGGGUGAGCCAUCCUCAGGAAAGGAACUUAUCAAGGCGUCAAGCUCAUUGAUGAACUCUCCAAGGGAACCUGGAGGGCGAUAGAUGACAAGGAUAUUAAGCAUAAAUGGGCUAGUGACUGUGACAGCAUGGAAUUCAAAUGAGGAGAUAGACAGAUGGGUCAGGGGAAAAAUUAAGAAUGUCCACUUGGGAGAGAUGAGGAUUCCUGUGCCACCACCCCGCUGACCAGAUACUCUCGGGGUAUGCGAGAACACAUGGUCAGACGAGGAGAGAGCAGCAGGAGUAGCAGUGUUUUCAGUGGUAAUCCAUGUUUCCGUCAGCGCCAAGAAGUCGAGGGACUGGAGGGUAGCAUAGGCUGGGAUGAAGUCUGCCUUGUUGGCAGCAGAACGGCAGUUCCAGAGGCUGCCUGAGACCUGGAACUCCACGUGGGUCGUGCGUGCAGGGACCACCAGGUUAGAGAGGCAGCAGCCCCGCGGUGUGAGGUGUUUGUGUAGCCUGUGCGGAGAGGAGAGAACAGGGAUAGGCAGAGGCAUAGUUGACAGGCUGCAGCAGAUGGCUACAAUAAUGCAGAGGAGAUCGGAAUAAAAUGAACUAAACAUCUGGGAAAGGAGAGAGCGGGGCCUCCCUCACCACAACUCCCAAAUAUAACUCUCCCAACUUCCACCUCAGAAACUAUAAUUGUUGUAAACUACAGCGGUUCAAUGUUUUCUAGGAAUAGACUAACCUAGUUUAUUCAGCUAGCUAACUAGGUGCAGUAUUAUUCCGUGAAAAACGUCCGGGCACCUCGUCAUAAGACGCCACAGCCAGCUAGCAUGCCGGUCUCCAACAGCAGGGUUUAGCGCCAAUACUCAGCCACAACAACCACCAGUGUAUCAACAUGCAAGCAGAUCGUUCGUGUCCGUGUCUAACGUUGUGGGUUAGUCCCGACAGCUUGAGCGAGUCCGUCGUCAACUUAUUCAGCCAGUUAGUUAGCUAGAAUAGUUAGCAAACUAGCUAGCCAUUGCUUUCAGACAAAGAAGAACCCCUCCUUUCACGGCACGAACACACAGAGAGAGCCAAACUAACGUUAACUAGUCACCCAUGUCCCGAAUUCCUUGAGCGACUCGGGCUAUCAAUAUGUAAAAAACAAAACACAAGUGUAGGUUAUGACUUACCCCUAGCAGCUACUGUUAGCUAGCCAAGUGCAAAGCUAGCCACUGAAUUGACUCAGCCAGUUCGCGUCUGUUCGCUCGGUCGUUCCAGCUAUUGUUUACAAGUAGCUACCCAGGUUGCAACAAGCUUGCUAAUUUUCAAGCACAGUAGCCACUUGCUACCUAACGUUAACGGUUCAGACAAUGAGGUUAGAAAACAGCUGAAUGGUAGGCAAUUAUUAUACAGGUAAAAGUCAGUAAAUUAGAAUAUUUUGAAAAACUUGAUUUAUUUCAGUAAUUGCAUUCAAAAGGUGUAACUUGUACAUUAUAUUUAUUCAUUGCACACAGACUGUUGCAUUCAAAUGUUUAUUUCAUUUAAUUUUGAUGAUUUGAAGUGGCAACAAAUGAAAAUCCAAAAUUCCGUGUGUCACAAAAUUAGAAUAUUACUUAAGGCUAAUACAAAAAAGGGAUUUUUUAGAAAUGUUGGCCAACUGAAAAGUAUGAAAAUGAAAAAUAUGAGCAUGUACAAUACUCAAUACUUGGUUGGAGCUCCUUUUGCCUCAAUUACUGCAUUAAUGCGGCGUGGCAUGGAGUCGAUGAGUUUCUGGCACUGCUCAGGUGUUAUGAGAGCCCAGGUUGCUCUGAUAGUGGCCUUCAACUCUUCUGCGUUGUUGGGUCUGGCAUUCUGCAUCUUCCUUUUCACAAUACCCCACAGAUUUUCUAUGGGGCUAAGGUCAGGGGAGUUGGCUGGCCAAUUUAGAACAGAAAUACCAUGGUCCGUAAACCAGGCACGGGUAGAUUUUGCGCUGUGUGCAGGCGCCAAGUCCUGUUGGAACCUGAAAUCUCCAUCUCCAUAGAGCAGGUCAGCAGCAGGAAGCAUGAAGUGCUCUAAAACUUGCUGGUAGACGGCUGCGUUGACCCUUGAUCUCAGGAAACAGAGUGGACCGACACCAGCAGAUGACAUGGCACCCCAAACCAUCACUGAUGGUGGAAACUUUACACUAGACUUCAGGCAACGUGGAUCCUGUGCCUCUCCUGUCUUCCUCCAGACUCUGGGACCUCGAUUUCCAAAGGAAAUGCAAAAUUUGCUUUCGUCAGAAAACAUGACUUUAGACCACUCAGCAGCAGUCCAGCUCUUUUUUUCCUUAGCCCAGGUGAGACGCUUUUCGCGCUGUUUCUUGGUCAACAGUGGCUUGACACGAGGUAUGCGGCAGUUGAAACCCAUGUCUUUCAAGCGUCUCUUGGUGGUGGAUCUUGAAGCCCUGACUCCAGCAGCUGUCCACUCCUUGUGAAUCUCCCCCACAUUUUUGAAUGGGUUUUUUUUCACAAUCUUGACUAGGGCGCGGUGAUCCCUAUCGCUUGUACACUUUUUCUGACCACAGUUUUUCCUUCCCUUUGCCUCUCUAUUAAUGUGUUUGGACACAGAGCUCUGAGAACAGCCAGCCUCUUCUGCAAUAACCUUUUGUGUCUUUCCCUCCUUGUGCAAUGUGUCGAUGGUCGCCUUUUGGACAGCUGUCAAAUCUGAAGUCUUCCCCAUGUUUGUGUAGGCUUCAGAACUGGACUGAGAGACCAUUUAAAGCCCUUUGCAGGUGUUUUGAGUUAAUCAGCUGAUUAUUUUGUGGCACCAGGUGUCUUCAAAAUGUAACCCUUACACAAUAUUCUAAUUUUGUGACACACGGAAUUUUGGAUUUUCAUUUGUUGCCACUUCAAAUCAUCAAAAUUAAAUGAAAUAAACAUUUGAAUGCAUCAGUCUGUGUGCAAUGAAUAAAUAUAAUGUACAAGUUACACCUUUUGAAUGCAAUUACUGAAAUAAAUCAAGUUUUUCAAAAUAUUCUAAUUUACUGACUUUUACCUGUAUGUAAUCACUGUAGGCAGCCAGCUGGCGUAAUUACAGGCACUCUCAGGCGUGAAACAACUAUACCGUUGCUAAUAGCUACUCGCCAGCUAGUCCAGGUGGUGAGUUAGCUAGCUAGCUAGCUUCGUGCUACACCCGGCACCGCCGAAUACAAUACUAACCUACAAUAAUUACAUACAAUAACUACCCACAGCAACCCACGAUACCUACCUACAAUACCUAACUACAAUCUAAAUACAUAGUUUAAGCCUGGGAUUUGAACUUGCAACCUAUUGGUUCACGUCAUUCAGAUCUUCCUGCUACGCCACCAUGUCUGUGUGAGUUAAUUUGACUAUACUCUCAUCAUUGAUUUUAUUUACUUAUUUCAACAAUUUAAGGGAUUUCUAUAUUGUCUAAUGUUGGGUUGGCAUAUUAACCUGUUUUAAUGGUACUCUUCAAUCACUAGGAUCAAUACGUUUUUCUUGAGUAUACUUUUAACAGAACUGAGAAUUCCUGGAGAUCUACCGUCCUGUAGGUUUUCACUCCAACCCUGUUCCUGGAGAGCUACUGUCCUGUAGGUUUUCACUCCAACCCUAAUCUAGUGCACCUGAUUCUUAUAAUUAGCUGGUGGAUAAACUGAAUCAGGUUAGUUACAACUGGGGUUGGAAUGAAAACCUACAGGAAGAUGUAUUUUAUUUAACCUUUAUUUAACUAGGCAAGUCAGUUAAGAACAAAUUGUUAUUUACACUGACGGCCUACACCGGCCAAACCCGGACGACGCUGGGCCAAUUGUGCGCUGCCCUAUGGGACUCCCAAACACGGCCGGUUGUGAUACAGCCUGGAAUCAAACCAGGGGGUCUCUAGUGACGCCUCAAGCACUGAGACGCAGUGCCUUAGACCGCUGCGCCACUUGGGAGCCCUCCAGGAACAGGGUUGGAGAGUCCAGCCCUAGAGAUAACCCUUAUUGGGACAGUCGUUAGGGUGUUCGUCAUUUGUGCUAGUGGCCUUGGUUUGAGACCCGCUAGAGGAGUCCACCUACUCUCACAUUCUUAGCAAUAUAGGUUAGUCAUUAUUUGGCAACAGUUACAACACACCUGUGUUUGAAGUAAAUCUCUGUUAAAAGUACACCCAAGAAAAUAUUUUAUUGUUCAUAGUGAUUCAGAAGUAUCAUUAAAACAGGUUAAUAUGCUCCCAAAAAGUUGUGGUCACACAUGUUUUUGCAACGCUCCCAUGAAACAUGUCUAGAACAUUAAUAUCUUAUGUUCUGAGAACAUGGCAACCAUGUUCUUUGUGUGUUUGGUGGGACAUUGAUGGAAUAUUCUCCUACCCAACAGAAAACUGGAGACAUGAAUGUUCUUGCAACAUUCCCAUGAAACAUGUGUAGAACAUUAAUAUCUUAAGUUCUGAGAACAUGGUAACAAUGUUCUUGGUAUGUUCUAUUUGACAUUAAGGGAAUGGUCUCUUGGAAACAUUCCUUGCACAUCCUGGGAACAUUCCUAUGAAAACGUUAGUUAAUGACCUAUUAAGGAAAUAUUCUCUAAAGUUGUGGGAACGUUUGUUAGCUGGGUAUGUCAAGUCAGCUCUUGAGUUUUCUAUUUCAUCCCUCUCUCCUCCCCAGACCUCCAGCAGCUCACUGUCACCGUGUCUGAUGAGGUGGUUUCCCCUGAGCAGCAGGAGUGGAGCCCCAGUCUGGGGCAGAAGGACCCAGAACCCACACAGAUUAAAGAUGAACAGGAGGAACCAAGGACCAGUCAGGAGGAUGAGAAUCAUGUCAAUGAGUUUAUCAAUUGUUACGGCUGUGUAUCAAGUGGCUAUUAUCAAGACCCAACUCAGUCCUCACAUGGAGAGAGAUACUCUCUACCCAGCACCUCAACUGAACAGAUCAAAACAGAACCUUAUGUAGAAGACUAUGGCGUAUCAGAACCAACCAGAGAGUCUCAGCCCUUCUCUGCAGUAGAUACAGAGUGUUCUGCAGCUCAGAGUGAAAACAGAGGACAUAUUGACAGGAUGGAGAGUGGAGGACCUCUGUCAGGUCUAACAUUAAAGCCACUCAAAUCAAAGAGAACAAAGACGGUAGAAGGACAAAGUUCUCACAUCAGUGUUAAGGACAGGAAAUUGAACCAUCUAAAAUCACACUCGAGACCCAGUGUAAGCUGGGAUGCUGCUCCUAGUUGUAAGGUAUGUGGAAAGCAAUUUGACUCCAUGGCUUCUUUAUUAAAUCAUGUGCAAACGCACGCACAGGAUAAAGAACAUCUUUGUGGUGUGUGUGGAAAAUUCUGUCAGUCCACAGAAAGUAUGAUAGAUCACCUACAAACUCACAUCGGAGCAAAGUGUUGUCAUGUUUGUGGUAAAUAUUUUGCUUGGGAUGCUUUUCUGAAAAGGCAUUUGAGGAGUCACACAGGGGAGAAGCCGUUUCGCUGUCAUCAUUGUGGCAAAGGAUUCAGUCAGAGUGGAAACCUGGCUGUGCAUAUGAAGAGCCACUCUGGAGAGAAAUCACAUCGCUGUCGUGUUUGUGGAAAAUGUUUCAUAAGAAACCCUGAUCUGACAGUCCACAUGAGGACUCAUACAGGGGUGAAACCAUAUAAGUGCCAGUUUUGUGGCCAAGGAUUCAAGCAGAAUUAUCACCUGAAACUGCACAUGAAGAACCACAUGGGAAAAACCAUAUCAUUGCCAUCUUUGUGACAUGUAUUUCAUCACUAGCACCCAGUCAACCUGGCAUUAGAUUUCACAUGGUAGAGAAAGGCAUCACUGCCAUGACUGACAGAGGCUUUGCAUAGACUGGAAGUUUGGCAAGGCAUAAUGACAAUGCACAAAAUACUUUAGUGUAGAAAAUACUGACAGUAGACCUUGUUUGUGAUACAUGUUUCACUUAGCCGCUUUAUUGAGGAAUGUUUUUACUCGCAGUGACUGUUGAUAUGUGGUUGUUUUACCUGUUUUGAAUGCACUGACUGUAAGUUGCUCUGGGUAAGACAUAAUGCAAUUAUGUUUUUUUUCUCUGCAUUGUUGGGAAGCGUUUCACUGUUAGUCUACACCUGUUGCUUACGAAGCGUGUCACAAAUAAAAAUAGUUUGGAUUUGAUUGCUGCUAAACGCUUCAAAUGAAUGAACUCCCCUGGAAGGUAUGAGAAGAACAUUCACAAGAGGGAGAAAACAUAAUGUCCUGAUGAAAAACCUUGUGACAACAUGGCAGUCAUCCUCUGUGUUGGGAGAGUCUUUCAGAUAAUACAAGAGGUACAUUAAAACAUCUAAUUCCCUAAAUCUACUGUCAUUCUUUAUUUCUAUACAGUGCCUUCAGAAUGUAUUCAUAUCCACUGACUUAUUCCACAUUUUGUAUUACAGCCUGAAUUCAAAAUGUAUUAAAACAAAUUCUCACCCAUCUACACACAAUAACCCAUAAUGACGAAGUUGAAACAGAUAGUACGAUAAAUAUUCAGUAAAGAUUGCCUAUGAUGAGAUCGUCCAUAGAUUAUGGGUGCUUUGUAUGUGGUUCUGCAGCUUUUACAUUGCUGUUGUGCCUUGAUAGGAUGCAAGCGAGUGCACUCAGGAUGUGCGAUGGUGCAUUUAAAACUAUACCGGUUGAGGCUUUACAAGUAGAUACUGGGGAAAUGCCACUAUCCCUUAAACGAGUUAAGCUAGCCCUGGCAUACUGGGCAAGACUGAAGGGUAGUACGGUAGAUCAUCCUACACUGACAGUAUUGGAAGACUACUGGGAAUGUGAAAGAUAUCAAAAGAGGGGUUUUGACCCAAAGAUUGGGAAAAGGAUUGAUGAAGAUGGACUCAGGGACUCAGGGUGCAUUUAUUCGUGAGUUCGAUGUUAAUCUAUGCAAUAGAAUAAUAAAUGAUUAAUCUGUAGAUUCAACAGAAAUGGUUGCGAUAAUUGUUGUUUUGCAAUGGAUAGAAGAGGUACAACCAAGAAGAGUAGUAAUAUGUUCGGACUCUGCAUCCGUUUUGUGUAGUUUUAAGAUCUGGAAAGUCAGAACAUGAGGAUUUAUGGUUAGAAAUAAUGAUGCUGUUGUUGGGCUUACAAAUAUAUGGUAUUGAAAUUCAGUUCUGUUGGAUUCCGGCUCAUACAGGAGUUCAUGGAAAUUAUAUUGUAGAUAUAAAAGCCAAAAAGCAGUGGAAAAUAAUAUUGUGGAUAUACAGGUGCAGUUGGGUAGAGGGGAAAUUAAAACAUUGAUUCAGAAAAAUGGGUUAGAUUGCUGGCGGAGACAAUGGGAUGAAAGUAGUAAGCGCAGACAUUUUUAUAGUACAAAGAAAUCUGUACUGGAGAUAGUGUCAUAUAAUGGGAACAGAAGGGAGGAAGUUAUGUUGUGUAGGAUGAGAUUAGGGCAUACAGGAUUUAAUCCCUCUUGGAAAUUGAUAGGGAAACAUCGUACUGGAAUGUGUAAUGGCUGAAUGGUAGAGGAAACAGAACGUUAACAUUUUGUGAAAUGUAUGAUGUAGAAAGAGAGAGGUUGUUUGACAGGGUUGGAUGGGAAUGGGGAGUGGGUGGUAUUUUGGGUGGGGAUGAUGGGAGUAGUGAGGUUUGUAGGGAAUUAUUUUAUUUUAUUAGAAAUUCAGGGUUAGUUAAGAGAAUAUAGUGGUGUAGAUAAGUUGUGACCGGCCUCACACUCCAGUACAGUAGGGUGGUGGUGUAUGCACCUGCCAGUUGGUUGCCAUUUGCCAAUAAACACUUAAAGAAGAAGAAGAAGAAGAAGUACAUGUCAGAGCAGAAACUAUACCAUGAAGUCUGCAGAUCUCACGAGAUAAAAUUGUGAUGAGGCAUAUAGCUGGGGAAGGGUAUAAAACAAUGUCUAGAGUGUUGAACGUUUCCGAGAGCACAGUGAUCUCCAUCAUUGGGAAAUUGAAAAAAUGUGGAACUACCUAGACUCUGCCUAGAGCUGGCCGUCCGACCAAACUGAGCAACCGGGCAAGAAGGACCUUGGUCAGGGAGGUGACCAAGAACCCAAUGACCACUCAGAGUUCCUUGGCUGUGAUAGGAGAACCUGCCAGAAGGAAAUUAGAAUGUUGGAUUGGUGAUAGCAGUAGGGUGUGUUAUAUAUUUUGCGUACUUUAGUGAUCUAGGGAGGCAAUGAUUGAUCUAAACUUCAGAUUUGCCCCAGUAGUGCUGUAGCAGCGCCACCAGCUCUGCAGUCUACUACAUGUAGGUCUAUGUGCUGGGCAAGAAUAGAAAUGCACACACACUGGAGGACCUCCAAGAAUAGAUUGGAAAAUACCUAUUCAAUCUGAUCAAUGAUUAGUAGGAAAAAGGAUUAGAGAUGAAUUAAUUUUGCCCAUUAAUCAGCCCUCUUCUCAAAAGCAGCACAGCUGGCGCCAACAAGCAUUUCGCUAUACCCGCAAUAACAUCUGCUAAACACGUGUAUGUGACACAUUAUUUAUUUUUUGAUUUGAUUUGACCUGCAGGAUCGUCACGACCUGCGCCUUCCGCUCCAGCAGGGGGCGACAGUGCGAAAUUAAUUAUGCCGUGCACGCACAAAGACUGACAGCGCUCUUUGUCUUCUUGACUUUGUUUAUGUUGGUAGCUAGCUGGUUAACUUAGCUAGCUAGACAGCUUUCCUUCUCAAAAAAUGUCUAAAAUAGAGUACUUGAGAGUGUUUCUCAACCAGAAAUUGAUAGCGGCAGCUGAGGAGAUAUUUGGUGUCGUUGAAGAAACGAUAGCAGAGUACCAGGAAGAGGUUUCUCACACAAAGGAGGAGAACAGGCGUCUACGGAGCAUGCUGGAUGUCCGUACUAAGCCAGAGAUCAAGUUACAUAGACGAGCAGGUGUGUGUUUGUUUUAUCAACAUUCAUGUCAUAUGAGUUACGAUUAUCUUUCAAUGUAAUUCAUUUUGUAGAGUGUAUUUACAAAACCAAGGUAUGUAAAAAAAUAUAAUUAUUCUGAGCCUAACUACGUCUCAAUUCAGCUUUUGAGUUUUCUUUUUCAUAUUCUCCUUCUCUCCAGACCUCCAGCAGCUCACUGUCACCGUGUCUGAUGAGGUGGUUUCCCCUGAGCAGCAGGAGUGGAGCCCCAGUCUGGGGCAGAAGGACCCAGAACCCACACAGAUGAAAGAUGAACAGGAGGAACCAAGGACCAGUCAGGAGGAUGAGAAUCAUGUCAAUGAGUUUAUCAAUUGUUACGGCUGUGUAUCAAGUGGCUAUUAUCAAGACCCAACUCAGUCCUCACAUGGAGAGAUAUACUCUCUACCCACCACCUCAACUGAACAGAUCAAAACAGAACCUUAUGUAGAAGACUAUGGCGUAUCAGAACCAACCAGAGAGUCUCAGCCCUUCUCUGCAGUAGAUACAGAGUGUUCUGCAGCUCAGAGUGAAAACAGAGGACAUAUUGACAGGAUGGAGAGUGGAGGACCUCUGUCAGGUCUAACAUUAAAGCCACUCAAAUCAAAGAGAACAAAGACGGUAGAAGGACAAAGUUCUCACAUCAGUGUUAAGGACAGGAAAUUGAACCAUCUAAAAUCACACUCGAGACCCAGUGUAAGCUGGGGUGCUGCUCCUAGUUGUAAGGUAUGUGGAAAGCAAUUUGACUCCAUGGCUUCUUUAUUAAAUCAUGUGCAAACGCACGCACAGGAUAAAGAACAUCUUUGUGGUGUGUGUGGAAAAUUCUGUCAGUCCACAGAAAGUAUGAUAGAUCACCUACAAACUCACAUCGGAGCAAAGUGUUGUCAUGUUUGUGGUAAAUAUUUUGCUUGGGAUACUUUCCUGAAAAGGCAUUUGAGGAGUCAUACAGGGGAGAAGCCGUUUCGCUGUCAUGAUUGUGGCAAAGGAUUUACUCAGCGCGGACACCUAAACUUACAUAUGAGAAGCCACACAGGGGAGAAACCACAUCAAUGCCAGGAUUGUGGAAAAUGUUUCAGUCAGAAUACAUCUCUGAUAGUGCACAUGAGGACUCACACAGGGGAGAAGCCAUACAUGUGUCCUGUAUGUAGAAAAUGCUUUACCACAUCAAGUAUGUUAAAGAAGCAUCAGACAGCUCACAAACAUAUAAAUUAGGUGUCAUGAAUGUGGCCAAUGCCACAAUGGAUUCAGACUUUAGGGAACCACGAGAAGACUGUUUACAAGAAGGAGAACACAUGACUGUGCCCUGUGUGGGGGGAGAGAAUCAGACAGCAGACUGAGAGACAUGUGAAAGGAGAUACCCCUCCUCAAGACACUGCUCUCUGAUGAAUAUCAUGUUCUAACAGAGAGCAGUUAGUGGGUUUCUGAGCAACAGGAGUCCAUUUUCAUUAGUUAUAGGAUGACACAGAGGACAUGAUGUGAUCCACUGUUCUCUGUCUGUAUAUAAAGCUUGCAUUGGUCUUGAGAGUAAUAUGUCUUGUUCAUAUAUGGUAAUACGUCACCACCUCUACCCUGAUGUUGUAAACAGCCUAGUUUUCAGAAUGUUUGUUCCCUUGUGUUUAAUGUGGCAAGAUCUUCCAUACACCAAAUGUCAUAUUUACCUCUGAGCCUAAUGCCAAAAUGCACCAAGGGAAAAACAUCUGUUUCAUUUCAUGUGUAUUUACAAGUAUAGAGAAUUGGUAUGAUACAGUUACGCUGCGUUCAAUGGGAACUAAAUAUACCACCUGAAAUUAGAGCUGCUUCUUUCAACCAACCCAGAUAUUGUACAUUCCCAGACAUCCAUAAAGUACUACAGAAUAAAUGGCUGAUAAUGUGUUAAUUGAAGUGUCUUUUUUUAGCUUCUCUCUUCUCUGGCAGCGUUGCGGGAUCAUGUUGGGAACACCAACUAG